CGCGAUGUGGGGAACCCCCUCUGUGGCUGCCCCAGGGCCAGUGAAGGGUCAUUUCCUUCCGCGUUCAGCCCUGCAGUCACUUCUGUUUGUCCCCCGUAAGUGCGGCGGCGCCGGCAGCGGGGAAAUCGGGGCCAGGCCGGAUUUCCUCUGCGGACCUGCAGCUCUUAGAGCCGCCCGCCCCUCCGGGACCCCGCGGGGCCGUGAACUGCACGUGCAGCCGCUCGGGGCCGGGCCUCGCUCGUACUGGGCUCCCUCAGCUACUCCUCUCUCUCCGGCUCCUUCAUCCCGCCCUCUUCAACCCGCCCCUUCCCAGCCGGGAUUCCAGCGUAAAGAAGAUGCUUCACUCCCUCGCAGGUUCCGGAUAAACCGAGUCACGCCAGGGAGCCGUACGGGCGCUAGGACCCCGCGGCUUGACCGAGGGGGGGCGUGGUGGGGCGGGAGAGGUAUUUAAAUUGGAGCCCGAGCCGCCCCCUCGCGGGUCGGACUCCCGUGGGGCAGUGGAGCGGCCGUGCGCCUCCUCGGGCCGUGACCCCGGAGUCUGGCGCCGGGUGGGACCGGGGGAUAGGUUUGCGCAAAAUGUGCCGGGGCUGCCGGAGAGAGGAGCGGCGGCCGCGCUGAGCCAGAGCCAUGAGCCACCAGAUUCUGCUGCUCCUGGCCGUGCUGAUCCUGGGCCUGGCUACCUCCCAACACCGAGACAAGAUACCCUGUAAGAUGGUGGACAAGGAGGUCUUGUGCCAGGGCCUUGGCCUACUUCAGGUCCCCUCGGUGCUUCCUCGGGACAUUGAGGUCCUCGACCUGUCUGAAAAUCAGCUUUGGAGGAUCCUGGCCUUGCCCUUGGGCUUCUACACAGCCCUCCGUCACCUGGACCUGAGCUUCAACGAGAUCAGCUUCCUCCAGCCCGGUGUCUUCCAGGCCCUGUCCCACCUGGAGCACCUCAACCUGGCCCACAACCGCCUGGCGCUGAGCACUGGUGGUCUAGGUCCCCUGCUGCAUGUGACGUCCCUGGACCUGUCUGGGAACAGCCUGUACAGUGGCCUGAUGGAGCGGCUGCUGGGGGAGGCACCCGCCCUGCGUACCCUCGUGCUGGCAGAGAACAGCCUGACGCACCUUGCCCGUCAGACCUUCUGGGGCAUGCCUGCGCUUGAGCGGCUGGACCUACAUAGCAAUGUGCUCAUGGACAUCGAAGACGGUGCUUUCGAGGCCCUGCCCCACCUGACCCACCUCAACCUCUCCAGGAACUCCCUCACCUGCAUCUCCGACUUUAGCCUCCAGCAGCUGCGAGUACUGGACCUCAGCUGUAACAGCAUCGAGGCCUUUCAGACUGCCCCAGAGCCCCAGGCUGGGUACCAGCUCACCUGGCUUGACCUGCGAGAAAACAAACUGCUCCACUUCCCUGACCUGGACGCGCUCCCAAGACUCAUCUACCUGAACGUGUCCAACAACCUCAUCCGGCUCCCUGUGGGGCCACCCCAGGGUGGCGAGGCCAUCCACGCACCUUCCGAGGGCUGGUCAGCCUUGCCUCUCUCAAAUCCCACCCGCAACUCUAGCACUCACCCCCUCUCCCAGCUCUUGAAUCUGGAUUUGAGCUACAAUGAGAUCGACUUCAUCCCAGAGGGCUUUCUUGAUCACCUGACCUCCUUGCGCUUUCUGAACCUCAGCAGAAACUGCUUGCGGGCUUUUGAGGCUCAACGUGCAAGCUCCCUGCCCUGUCUUGUGCUCCUGGACAUCAGCCACAAUGCGCUGGAGACACUAGAGCUGCACACCAGAGCCCUGGGGUCUCUGCGGACACUGUUCCUACAGGACAAUGCCUUGCAGGACCUGCACCCAUACACCUUUGCCGGCCUGGCCAGCCUGCAGAGCCUCAAUUUGCAGGGGAACCGGGUCAGCCCCUGUGGAAGGCCAGGUGAGUCUGGACUCUCAGGCUGUGUGGCCUUCUCUGGCAUCUCCUCCCUCCGCAUCCUGAACUUGGUGAACAAUGAGAUGGAGAUGCUCCGGGCAGGAGCCUUCCUUCAUACGCCACUUACCGAGUUGGAUGUCUCUGCCAACCCUGGGCUGGAUGUGGCCACAGGGGCCCUGGCAGGCCUGGAGUCCUCCUUGGAGGUCCUGGCCCUGCAAGGCAAUGGGCUGGAGGUCCUGCAGGUAGACUUGCCCUGCUUCAGCUGUCUCAAACAGCUCAAUCUCGCUGAGAACCGCCUGAGUCGCCUGCCGGCCUGGACACAGGCUGUGUCCCUGGAGGUGCUGGACCUGAGGAACAACAGCUUCAGCUUCCUGCCAGGAAGCGCUAUGGGUGGCCUGGAGACUAGCCUCCGGCGCCUCUACCUGCAGGGGAAUCCACUCAGCUGCUGCGGCAAUGGCUGGCUGGCAGCCCAGCUGCACCAGGGCCGCGUGGACGUGGAUGCCACCCAGGACCUGAUCUGCCGCUUCAGCUCCCGAGAGGAGGUGUCCCUGAGUGAUGUGCGUCCUGAGGACUGCGAGAAGGGGGAGCUCAAGAAUGUCAACCUCAUCAUCAUCCUUACUGUCGCAGUGGUCUCUGCCAUUGUUCUCACCACACUGGCCACCUGUUGUUGUGUCCGCCGGCAGAAGUUCAACCAACAGUACAAAGCCUAGAGAAGCCAGAGCUGCAGAACAGCUCAGCCGGGAGACCCUCGUGGGGCAGUGGGGGAGCCAGAGGCACAGGGAAUGGUAGGGAUUGACGCAAGGUCCACAGUGAGCCAAGGUCUCAGAACCCUGGUCUCUAAAUCCCACCCCAGGGCUCCUUUCCCUGCAUCCUGCUGCAUCAGUGGGUGAUCCACUUCCCAGAUCGCACAUGUGGUCCAGUGGAAGCCAGAAGUUGAGCAGUUUCAGAAGUGACAGAGAAUAAGGUUGACCGAUUGGAUCAACCAAGCUUUGCCAGACAUCUGUUCUGUGCCACACCCUGCUCUGGGCACUGGGGACUCUGGUGAAGGAGACACAUCCCUGCCCUCAAGCAUCUCCUAGUCUGGGUGGGGAGGGGGUCACAGAGCCAUGCAAUGACCACACAGUGUGGAGCCCAGGGCUCCAAAGCUCGGCAGCGGAGUCUGCCCUGGCAGGGCCAGGCGGGGACAAGGAGGCUCAAGACCGAAAGGAUUUGUCCGAGAUGUUUCCAAGCAGACUAUUUGUCACAUCUGAUAAUGACUUUCAGCUUCUCUGGAACAUGACGAGCUUGUGACCGGAAGAGAACUAGAGCCACAUGAGUACGUCCUGGAUCCAGCAUUAUUAGGCGGGCUGUGGUGUCUCCAGCAGGUCCUGGUUAAGAGGCUGUCGCCCUGGGCUUUGGCUAGCACUGGACCAUUUCGUUUCCUGGUCUGGACAGGCUCUUUCUGCACCCGGCACUCUCAUGUUGCACACACUGGCCCGAAUACUGCCUUAGCCCACACUUCCUGCUUAGGCCCCCUGCUCCAUUCCGGUCCCACCCUGGCUGGAAAGGCAGGAGUUGUAGCCUUAGGGCUCUGGUUCUGUUUUAUACCAGGCUUGGCAUCUGUAACAAACCCAAGCCUGCAAUCCGCCUCUUUAUGACAACCCUCUGAGGCUGGUUAUUUCAUCCCAUUUUAUAAGAGGCUCCAAGUCUCCCUCCAUGGUUCCCUCAGCUAAGAAAUACCAUAACUGACAUUUAGACUCACAUCCUCCUGACUCCAGGGCCUGAGCUUUGCUGCUGCGGAGGCUGUAGGCUGUCAGGUGGACAGGAAGUGGCCCUACAUCACUGGAACAGGGCCUGGGAACAUCCUGUGCUGUGCAUCCCCACCUGCUCUUCUCUCCCGGGCAAGCAGAGAGAAGGCAGGCAGCCACAUGCCCUCUCCUCUUUCUCUGCCUCAGUUUCCCUCAUUUUCUCCAUUGCAGACUGGUAUGGGUUCUCUUUUUUCUCUUCUUACUAUUGCAUUCCUUCAUUCCCUCUUUCUCCAGUGAGCACAGCCUGGAGCAUGAGACUAUUGAGUCCAACCUCCCCAUUGCACAGAGAGGAAACAGACUUAGGAAGAGAAUGGGCCUUACUUAGAGCUAUACAAGUCAGUAGCAGAGUCUGUGAAAAAAGUAGAUUUAGAUCUCAUCGGGGUAUGUGUGGGGGAGUUUGGGGGUUGGACCUGAGUGGUUUUCUUCUCUCUCAGCUGUCACAUCACAAGAUAACGCUGGCUCCAAAUGCUCUUUCUGGUCUUCAUCAUGCAGGGAUUUUUUCCCCCUAGAAAAAUAGGUAGAAAAAUGCAUCCAGAUUUAACUUGUUGUCCCUCAUAUCCAUGGAACCAUGGGCUGUCCAGGAAGAAAGGGGGCCUUGGGAUCUACCCAGGACCCCAUACUGUUGUCUUUACCUCCCACCUCUGUUUGGGUGCUGUCUGGCUCAGGAUAGUGCUCGGUAAAGUGAGAGAUAACGAAAAUGCCUAUCUCUCUGCCCCAUUUUGCAGAUGAGGAAACUGAGGCCCUGUGAGGGUCAAGGACUCAGGGACCUGGUGUCCUGGCUCCAGCCUGGGGCCCUGGGGGUCUGGGGGACCCAGUCCUAAUUGGGAUCAGGACCACAGGUGCUCACUGCACACAAACACUCUCAGGCUUGGGGGCUGGUAUGUUCCUCUCCAAGCCUGAUUUUGAAAACACUACAUAAUGCUGCUCUCACCUCCUAGGAGCCAGGCCGCUGCCCAGGCCUCAGAACCAGCUCUUUGUAUAAACCACACGAAUGUAUUAAAAACUAAUUUUGAAGAAA